AUCUGGAAAACCUCAGGACCCAAGCAUUCUGGAUAACGGGUCCCAUACCUGUAUAGGAAAUUGUAGUUAACUUAAAAAGACCAGGUUCUGGGUGCCUUACAGUAUGUUCUUUAUGUGACUGCAUAUACCCGUACAUGAGUAAUCCCAUGAAUAAUGUUACCUGAAACGUGUAAGGUGCAUAUAUGGUCUAAUUUUUCUAAAAAAAAUAAAAAUGCUUUUAUUUAUUUUAAAAAAUAAAAUAUAAGAAUAAAGAGAAAGAUAGGAGGGAAUGGAAAGGGAGUGGAAAUAAAAUAGAGGUUGCAUACACUGUAUAAUUAAUAGUAUUGCACAUUAAAAGCAUUUUGCAUAAAUAAUUUCUACCCUUCUUUUACAAAAGAACCUACCAGCAGUAUUGUAAAAAAAACUUUGUUGUGGAAGUCUCCAGCUAGAAUAAUUAUUUAAAUGUUCACUCGGUCUAAUGCGUUUGAAUUCCAUUUUGAUAUUCAUGCUUGUACUACACUCCUGUGACAUUUUACUGACUUUUAUUACAUAGUGUUGCGAUCAUAGAUGCGAUGAAUGUACUUUAUUAUUUUGUGUACUUCUUUGCAAAAUAGAGACUUUUUAAAUUGCCAUUAAGUGUCAAGUAAGUAAGUAGCAAUUUCUUUAAAUAAAACAUUUCUGUCUGGUACUUAUAUCAAACAACAAAGCACCGCUGUAGCAUGCUCAGUCUUUUCAUUACGCCAUCAACGUCUUAAGCAAUAUGAAUUAGGAAACAUUUUAAAGUGACAUUGCCCUGAACAAGAAAUGACAUUUGCAUUUGUGUGACCUGACAGUUACAGUUUGUGUUGUGCAGGAAUGGGCUCUCGUUUACUACACAGGACUAUUAGAAUAAAUUACUAUCUUAGACAUCCACUGAAAACCACCCAAAAGCAAUGUAUGCUGCACAGAACAUUUCCAAAACCUGCUUAUAACCUAUCGUGCGAAGCUCUUGUAUACAGGAAGCAUGGAGCUUUCAGUGAUGUGUUACACUUGGAAGACAUGCCACUGUAUUAUAAUGGGAAGGAUGAUAUUCAUAUUAGAAUGCUUGCUGCACCUGUAAAUCCAGCUGACAUUAACAUGCUGCAUGGCAAUUAUGGCAUUACACCACGCUUACCAGCCAUUGGUGGAAAUGAAGGAGUAGGAAAAGUAAUCAAAGUGGGUUGCAGUGUGAACUCCGUGAAACCAGGAGACUGGGUAAUUCCAAUAGAUUCAGGAUUUGGCACAUGGAGAACACAUGCAGUUUGCCAGGCGGACAAAGUGACUUCUAUUCCAAAUGACAUCUCCCUUAUCAGCGCUGCUACCAUUAGUGUAAAUCCUUGCACCGCUUAUCGGAUGCUUAUGGAUUUUGUUCAAUUGAAUCCAGGUGAGACAGUCAUUCAAAAUGGAGCCAACAGUGCUGUUGGUCAAGCUGUGAUUCAGAUUUGUUCUUCAAUGGGAAUAAAUACCAUCAAUGUGAUACGAGACAGGUCUAAUGUCAACACAUUGAUUGAAAAACUGAAGUCCCUGGGGGCAACCUAUGUUAUUACUGAAGAAACUCUACAGAAGCGAGAAAUGGCAGAUAUAUUUAAGGUAGUUGAAAGACCAAAAUUAGCUCUCAACUGUGUGGGAGGACGAAGUGCUGGAGAUCUUUUCACGCAUCUCAGGGAUGGAAGCACUAUGGUUACUUAUGGAGGAAUGUCAUUAAAGCCUACACCUGUCCCUGCUAAAGCUGUGAUAUUUAGAAACAUUAAAUUAUGUGGAUUUUGGAUGACACAGUGGAAGAAAGACCAUGUACAUGAUGUGGCCAAAAUGAAAGGAAUGCUGUUGGAGUUGAUUGAAAUGGUACGGAAAGGAAGUUUACUGGAACCUACCUGCACCCAAGUUCCAUUUAAAGAGUACAAGUCUGCAUUCCAAGCCAGCCUGGAUCCCUACAGCAAUAAAAACAUACUAAUAAUGGAAUAACCAAAUCUACACAUUUGCAAUUAGUUAAAUUAAGCCAUUCAGCUUCAUGAAUUAUUUUUAUGCAUUGCAAAUCUAGUUCUUACCAGACAAUUUGCUGCCUCUAAAGCUCUUUUACUGGAAUACCCCAACUUCUUCAUGUACACCAGUAGUUAACUUCACACAACCCACUGAAUAAACUUACUUUCGUCUUCUA